AUGAGCAUGGCCGGGGCGGCGGGCGCGGCGCGCGGGCUGCGGGUGGACGGGCUGCCGCCGCUGCCCAAGAGCCUGAGCGGGCUUCUGCACUCGGCGGCGGGCGGCGCGGCAGGCGGCUGGCGGCACCUGGAGCGGCUGUACGCGCAGAAGUCGCGCAUCCAGGACGAGCUGAGCCGCGGGGGCGCGGGCGGCGGGGCGCGGGCGGCGGGGCUCCGCGCCAAGCCCCCGAACCUGGACGCCGCGCUGGCGCUGCUGCGCAAGGAGAUGGUUGGCCUUCGCCAGCUGGACAUGUCCUUGCUCUGCCAACUGUACAGCCUUUACGAGUCGAUUCAGGAGUACAAGGGAGCGUGUCAGGCAGCCUCCAGCCCAGACUGUGCCUACACCCUGGAGAACGGCUUCUUCGGCGAGGAGGAGGAAGACUUCCAAGCGCAGAGCUCUCUCCAUGAAGGCAGAGGCCGAGGCCCUCUUCGAGACUUGUCACUGCCUGUCUCCCCGCUGUCUAGCAGCAACUGGAUUCUGGAGUCCAUUUAGGGCUUCAGAUGGGGCCUUUGACCCCGGCAGACUGUCGGCAUCUGCUUCUCCUGCAAGAAAGCAGCGCUGCCCUGCGUGGCGGAUGGUCCCUAGUGCAGGGACAAAUGCCACAAGUUUAGUGCUGAUUCAUCUGCGUGGGAUGGCUGCAGGGUCUGCUGGGUGGCCUGGAGGGACUUAGACUCUGUGACACCGAGUAUUAGGCAGGCCUGAGGUUGGCUUAUGGUGAGAUUAAUGGGAUUCUUGUGGAAGGCCUUAGUGGGUGUUCUGUAAGGGCAAUUUACCAGAUUAUUCACUGUUUUUGGUUUAGGGUUCCUGCUUCUGGUGUGUGAGGUGGGCAAACCACUUCACUGUGCCCCCUCCUCAGUGUGGUCUGCAGCUUUUCUUGCUGUUAAUGAGCUUUUCGACUCUUUGUUCUGCUUGGUUUGUAAGCUGCAUCACUAAUGGUCGAGGUGCCCGGGUGAGAGCUUUCUACUGAAGAAUACCUUUCUGCCACACCAGCCAACUGCUUUCUCUCACCCCAUGAAAACUGUAGAUCAUUCUUCAUCGGGUGUAGAAGGAGGGAAGAUGAUA